AUGAAUUUGGUAGCCAAAGAAUUUGUCGCUUGUAUAAUCAACAUACCUCCGGGUGUACUGAUAGUGUCGCCGUUUGCUGGCGCCGGUGAAACUAUGCACGAAGCUCUCAUCAGUAAUCCUUACGAAAUUGAUGAUGCCUCGGAAGUAAUUUAUCGAGCUCUUACAAUGCCCGGAGAUGAACGAAUCGUCAGAAUGAACUACUUAAGAAGACGAGAAAAACUCAACGACGUCAAUUAUCGGACGAAAAGUUUCCUGAGCGCAAUGGGUUCGUCACAAACGGCCGACGACCACGACGAAGUCGGUUCGAUUCUUAAUGAUACUGUAUUCUUUUAUAAAUGA